AAUAAAUAUUUAGUCACAAUCCGUUUCAGAGUGGGGUGCACAGUGAGUGAUAAUAAGCAUUUCUGUAAACAUGAUUUAUCUCAUCAUUGCAAUAAUUGCUGUGUUAAUUUACUUUUAUGGAACUCGUAACUUCAGUUAUUGGAACAAAAGGGGCGUGAAGCAUGACGACCCUAUUCCGGUAUUUGGGAAUAACUUCCGACAGUUCUUCCAAAUGAUCAGCAUCACCGACAUCGUCGCGGAACAAUACCAGAAGUACCCCGAUGAGAAGGUAGUCGGGUUCUACCGCGCCAACGAGCCUCGACUCAUCCUGAGAGAUCCUGAACUUAUCAAAAAAGUAUUAGUCACGGACUUUCCCUAUUUCUACAGCAGAGGUUUGAAUCCUCAUAAGGAUGUCAUCGAGCCCAUGUUAAAGAACCUUUUCUUUGCUGACGGAGACUUGUGGAAGCUGUUACGACAGAGGAUAACUCCAGCAUUCACUAGCAGUAAACUUAAGGCUAUGUUUCCACUUAUUGUUGAGAGGACUCAAAAAUUGCAACAGAUUGCUGCAACAGCGGCCAGUCUACAGGAGGAAGUUGAUAUCAGAGAUCUCAUGGCUCGAUACACUACCGAUUUUAUUGGAGCAUGUGGCUUUGGGAUAGAAGCAGACGCAUUAAACGAUGAAGACUCAACCUUCAGGAGACUCGGUAAACGAGUUUUUACUGUAACGAAACGAGAUGCUUUUAUUGUGCUAGUAAAACUUAUUAUGCCGAAACUGUUUAAGAAUUUACCCUUUUUAGACCCAGAUAUAGAGAGAAAUUCAGUGGCAUUAGUUAAGAGUAUAAUGGAACAAAGAAACUAUAAGCCAUGUGGCAGAAACGAUUUCAUAGACUUACUUUUAGAGCUAAAGGAAAAGGGUAAGAUUAUUGGAGAGUCUAUAGAGAACAGGAAAUCUGACGGCACUCCGUUAGCGGCUGAACUGGAGUUAGAUGAUCUUCUGAUGACUGCUCAAGUACUGGUUUUCUUUGUGGCUGGUUUUGAGACUUCUUCGUCUGCAACUAGCUAUACACUAAAUCAAAUCGCAUUUCAUCCAGAAGUUCAAAAGAAAUGCCAAGACGAAAUAGACACAGUACUCAAAAAGUAUGACAAUAAGUUAUGUUACGAUGCUGUUAAAGAGAUGCAAUAUUUAGAUAUGACAUUCAAGGAGGGAAUGAGGUUGUUUCCGUCUCUAGGUUUUCUUAUAAGAAAGAGUGAAAAGCAGUAUACAUUUGAGGACAUUGGCCUGACCAUCGACGCAGGAAUUCCAAUAAUGAUUCCUCUGCAAGCCCUGCACAAUGAUGAGAAGUACUUUGAGAAUCCUGAACAAUUUAUGCCUGAAAGAUUUCACCCUAAAAACGCGGAUGACUUGAAAAAGCACGUAUACUUGCCUUUUGGCGUGGGACCGCGCGCCUGUAUCGGUGAGCGUCUGGGCCACAUGCAGUCUUUGGCUGGUAUUGCGGCUAUUCUGCACAAGUUCUCCGUGGCUCCGAGCAAGAACUCUCUGAAGAGACCGAUCCACGACCCCUCAUCCAUCAUAGUUCAGAGCAUACAGGGAGGACUGCCCCUCAUGCUCUACGCUAGAAACAGUUAGCGUAUAUACUAGUAUUUACUUAGCGUAUACUUAUGCCUAUUUUUAAUAUAUAAAUCAAUCAAUUAUAUUUAUUUUAUACUAGGUAUUUAUAAUUACGAGAAUACAGGGUGAAAUUUUGCCAGUGAUUUUCCAACUGUCAGGUUAACGCACCCUCCAUACUUAGCAACUACUACCGUAUCGUAGGAUAAAAUCUGAAAUCGCCGAAAUAAAUACUUUCACUGUUCCAUACACUA